UUUAACAUCUCUCUCUCUCUUCUCUCUCUAUACCAGCCGCUAUACAUGUCAGUGUACUGCAAUUGAACUACAAGUUUACGUGGGAGACUACAGAGCUACAUAUGGUAGCAUUAGGUCUGCAUAUGUCCUGUAUUGACACAGUACAGGACCCAUACAUUAGGUCUGCAUGUCCUGUAUUGACACAGUACAGGACCCAUACAUUAGGUCUGCAUGUCCUGUAUUGACACAGUAC